GACCAGUUGUACUUUACCGGAAGACCAAGACGGACAGGUCUGGAGGAAGACGGGCAUUGAAAGAUUUGUUUUGGUAACUUUUCAGUCAAUUUUGAAUCUAGAAGAAGAAGAAAAAGAAGAAAGCAUCAGCAAGAGAAUAAUACUGUCUUCUCUUUUAAGAUUUUCUUCUGAGCACACAACAGGAGGAACCAGAAGUAUCCACAGCAACACGUAUGGGUUCAAUACGGCACCAACACGAGACAGUGGCCUCUGCUGAUGACGAGGACAAUGCCUGGGAUGUUGAUCCGGAAUGUUCAAUCUGCUUUUCCGCAUACAACAACACCUUCAAGACACCGAAGCUUCUUGAAUGCACCCAUACCUUCUGUCUGGAAUGUCUGGCUCGCUUUGUAGCUAUUUCACCGGAGCAGGCAGGCACCCAGAUCACCUGCCCCCUUUGUCGGCAGCCAACGUCCGUGCCUGAGCACGGUACUCCGGAUCUGGCCACCAGCCAGGAAGUUUUGGGUCAACUUCCAAGCGACCAGCAAAGAGUGGAGAACGUUUUCCUAGAUGGAAAGAGGCUGUGCUACUCAAACCCAAUGAUACCUAACUGUAUCUGCAUUGACAUUGGUGAGCAUAAAGCAGAGGAGCCAUCGAGGAGCGAGGAGAGAAGAGAGGGUUGUGGACAGAGGUUGCUGCGAUUCUUAGGUUUUCAUGGAAACUGGAAGAGGCUUGUGGUCUUCAUCAUAGUGCUCCUCGUAAUCUUCUUUGUUAUACUCUGGCCCCUCCAGUGCGUUAUCAUCUCAGGCUCAAUGUCAGAGUGCUUCUUUGAACAACCUGUGAAUCCAACUACUCUCGCAUCUCCCAGACCUACAGAGGGUUCCUAAGACAAGCGCAGGCGCACACGAGAAUUUUGAACAGAAGACAUUCAGGUGGUGUUGGCUUCCGUCUAAAACGUGACCAAAACACAGAGGCCAAAACACAAACACAACAUUUACAGCUUCAUGUCAAUAAAACUGUAUUGGUUAAAGUUCUACUAUCUUAACUGAAUAUUUGUUGCUUGAAAUGUCAUUGUCACAUCACAGCUCCCUAAAUACCACUGUAAAUAUUUAAUUAUUUUCUGUCUUUAAGACAGAUGAACAAAAUAAACACUGUUAUGAUUUACACGUAUAGGAUCAUGAUUGCAGGAUUGAUUUGCUGUAGUAUGGAACCCUUUAGAAGCUCUUG